AUGGGCAGCGUAGAAUUCGGAAACCAAAAGAGUUCUGCCAACCAGCACAUAGAGGAUCAGAUACAAGGAGCCAAAGGCCAAUCUCCUAGCCAAGAUGAGAAGCGGGAUCCCAGGACACCUGUGGGCGUUCUUGCAAACCAGAGCUCUGUAGACGAGCUGUGCACGGGAACAAUUAUCAGGUGGAAAGAAGGCGACCCCGAGAAUCCUUACAACUUCUCAAUAUACCAUGGGCAGCUCGCUUCUGAGUAA